GGAUAGAAAAGAUUGCCACUUUACUCGCUCCGCUUCUUCUAGGGUUUUGGGUUUUUGUUGCUGAGCUGUUCUAUCUCUUGCAUUUCCUUGGUUUAUCGGGUGCCCUUUUGUUCACUCGUUGUAAGAAGAUUGGCUACAUUGGGUUUUAUUUUCAGAUUGUUGCUGACUCGCAGGAGUAGCAAUUCUUUAUUUCUAGGAAUGGGUGACAAGAAGAAGAAGACGUUCAUGUUCAUCCGGCUUGUUUCAGCUGCUGGGACUGGAUUCUUCUAUGUUAAAAGAAAGAGUUCUAAGAAAAUUACUGAGAAACUUGAGUUUCGGAAGUAUGAUCCUCGGGUGAAUCGCCAUGUUCUGUUCACAGAGGCAAAAAUGAAAUAAGGGGAAAGCAUAUGUGAUGGAUCAUCGUUGUUAUCUACUUUAUUUUGGCUCAAUAUACUGCUGCUGUGGACAAGUUUCAAAUUAAGUAGAGCUGAAUAAGUAUUUGUUCAUGUGUUUGUGUUAUUUGUCUUCCCCUCAUCCCCCUCCUAGUUUUUGAGUCAUGCGUGUCUCAAUAGAUGGCCUAAUCUAGUUUACAAAUUCACCUUUGUUUCA